AUGGGGCCUAGUGGCCUCAUAAUACAGGCCAACCUGAACCACUCGGCCAGGGCACAAGACCUACUUGUGCAAUACCUGGUCGAGCGGGGUGCCGGGUUGGCCGUGGUGGCGGAGCCAUACAGGGUCUCCGACCAUCCUCAUUGGAUGGGUGACUCGAGCGGCUCCACCGCCAUAUACUGGGUAGGUAGACCGGGAUCCCCGGCGUGCUCGGUCAUCGAGCGCGGCUGGGGAUUCCUGGCUGUUGAUUGGGGCGGCACCGCGGUUGUGACAAUCUAUGCGCCUCCUAGACGGUCCCUUGAAGAGUUCGAACGGUGCCUGGACGGGGUAGGGAGAUGCGUUUCCCGCUGCCUGCCCCGUCAGAUGCUGGUCCUGGGGGACUUCAAUGCCAAGGCUACGGCCUGGGGGUCCCCCGGGACGGACGCGAGGGGCCGGGAGGUGCUAGAGUGGGCGGCGGGACUUGAGCUUCGUCUCCUAAACACGGGCUCGGUCCAUACGUGCGUGCGGCAUAACGGGGGCUCUAUUGUUGACCUCUCGUGGGCAACAGCCCCGGNAAAUUUUUUUAGUCGAAUUUAG